AAUAAAUCACGUGAAAGAUUUUAAGACUUUAGGUAUUUCUGUUAAAGGAUAGAGACGAGAUCUGUGGAAAUGUUCAAUAUAUAUCGAAGAUAGAAUCUCAAAGAAUCCGGAUCCGAUACUGUAACAAUCUCUCUCUAUAAGGGAUUGUUCACUCAACCCUCGUGCAUAACCACGAUACUUUCUUCCUCUGAGUUUCCCGUUUCUCCUUUCAACCCAUAAGAAGAAAACUUCUCUGCAACCAUGGCUGACGUAACGGAGGUCGUCUCCGCCAUGGGCAUCGAGGGAGAUGACGAAGACAGAUGCGUCGUGGAACAGGUGGAGCUUACGGUCCCGAAGACAGACGAUCCGACAUUGCCGGUCCUCACUUUCAGAAUGUGGGUUCUGGGUAUAGGCGCGUGCAUUGUGCUCUCCUUCGUGAACCAGUUCUUCUGGUACAGGACCAUGCCCUUGAGCAUAACCGGGAUCUCUGCUCAGAUCGCCGUCGUGCCUCUGGGUCAUCUCAUGGCUCGGAUCCUCCCGACAAGGAAGUACUUUGAAGGUACGAGGUGGGAGUUCAGCAUGAACCCUGGUCCCUUCAACGUCAAGGAACAUGUUCUCAUCACCAUCUUCGCCAAUUCUGGUGCUGGCUCUGUUUACGCUACUCAUAUUCUCAGCGCCAUCAAGCUUUAUUACAAGAGGGCACUUCCAUUUCUACCUGCCUUUCUCGUCAUGAUCACCACUCAGGUUCUUGGAUUUGGUUGGGCGGGUUUGUUCCGGAAACAUCUGGUCGAGCCCGGUGAAAUGUGGUGGCCGAGCAACCUUGUCCAAGUCUCUCUCUUCAGCGCCUUGCACGAGAAAGAGAAGAAGAAGAAAGGGGGAACAACUCGAACUCAAUUCUUCCUCAUAGUCCUCGUCGCCAGUUUCGCUUACUAUGUAGUUCCAGGCUAUCUAUUCACAAUGUUGACAUCCAUAUCUUGGGUAUGUUUGUUCGGAUCCAAAUCGAUUCUGGUAAACCAGCUCGGUUCAGGUGAACACGGACUCGGUAUAGGAGCCAUUGGUAUCGACUGGGCCACUAUCGCUUCUUACCUCGGUUCCCCUCUCGCCAGUCCAUUGUUUGCCACUGUCAAUAUAGCCAUCGGGUUCGUUUUGAUCAUGUAUGUUGCCUCGCCGAUCUGGUACUGGCUUAAUAUCUAUAGAGCCAAGACCUUUCCUAUAUUCUCCAGCAAGCUUUUCAUGGCCAAUGGCUUGAGCUAUGACGUUCUGAGCAUCAUCGAUAAGAAGUUCGAGCUCGACCGUGAGGUUUACGCAAAGACAGGGCCUAUACAUAUGAGCACCUUUUUUGCCAUGACUUACGGUCUAGGUUUUGCGACUCUAUCCGCGACUAUCGUUCACGUUUUUCUCUUCAACGGCCGUGAUCUAUGGAAGCAGACCAGAGGAGCUUUUCAGAGGAACAAGAAAAUGGAUAUACAUACAAAGAUCAUGAAGAAGAAUUAUAAAGAAGUUCCGAUGUGGUGGUUUCUCGUCAUCCUCGUCCUCAACAUAGCUCUGAUAAUAUUCAUAUCGAUUCAUUACAACGCUACCGUGCAACUUCCAUGGUGGGGAGUGCUUCUUGCUUGCGCUAUCGCCGUUUUUUUCACGCCUCUUAUCGGCGUUAUAGCCGCCACAACUAACCAGGCACCGGGUUUGAACAUCAUUACAGAGUAUGUCAUAGGUUAUAUCUACCCAGAACGUCCAGUUGCCAACAUGUGCUUCAAGGUUUACGGAUACAUAAGCAUGACUCAGGCUUUAACGUUCAUCUCCGACUUCAAGCUCGGGCAUUACAUGAAGAUUCCUCCAAGAACCAUGUUCAUGGCACAGGUGGUGGGAACCAUUGUAGCUGUUGUUGUUUACUCUGCAACAGCAUGGUGGUUAAUGGCGGAUAUUCCCCAUCUCUGUGAUACCAAUCUGCUUCCUCCGGACAGUCAAUGGACAUGUCCGAUGGACCGUGUCUUCUUCGACGCUUCCGUGAUCUGGGGACUGGUCGGACCACGCAGGAUGUUCGGAGAUCUCGGAGAAUACUCGAACGUGAACUGGUUCUUCCUCGGAGGUGCAGUUGCUCCUUUCAUGGUCUGGUUAGCCGCCAAGGCCUUCCCGAAUCAGACAUGGAUCUCGAAGAUCCAUAUUCCUGUCCUGAUGGGCGCUACGGCCAUGAUGCCGCCCGCAACAGCCGUGAAUUUCACGAGCUGGAUCGUUGUCGCGUUUAUAUUCGGCCACUUCGUGUAUAAGUACCGUCGGGAAUGGUGGAAGAAGUAUAACUACGUUUUGUCCGGCGGUCUGGACGCUGGAACUGCGUUUAUGACAAUACUUCUGUUCUUGGCACUUCAACGUAGAGACGACAUUGCGUUGAACUGGUGGGGAAACGCCGGCGAACGUGACAUGUGUCCCUUUGCGUCUUGUCCCACCGCGAAAGGGGUUAUCGUCAAAGGUUGUCCAGUCUUCUGAUCAUUCGGGAGAGAACUGAAGAAAGCAAAAAGGAUUGCAUUUUCUGUUAUUAGUUUCUGGUUUUUCUUUUUGUGAAGUUUACAGGGCAAAGGGAGAUUAUUGCUUUUUCAGACAUUCUCAGAUAGUUUCUUUUCUCCUGUUAUUUUUUUUUUAAUCCAUUCUCUUUCUCGUACUAUGACACCAUUGAACCAGAUCCAAUGCAAAGAUUCAAGAAUUCUGAGUU